AUGGCUUCCUACCAAUACCGCAACUCGUACUACACGCCCACGAGCUACGAGCACACGUCGCACCGCGAGCAGCGUACGCGCUCGAGCGAGGGCACCGUCAGCACAACCAUGAGCUCCUCCUCCGGCCGCGAGUCGGCCGGCACUCACGUCACCGAGGCGCCCACCUACUCCAAGAAGAUUGUCGUCGUCGGCGACGGUGGCUGCGGCAAGACCUGUCUCCUCAUCAGCUACAGCCAAGGGUACUUUCCAGAGAAAUACGUGCCCACCGUCUUUGAAAACUACAUCACCUACCCCACCCACCCUCCCACCGGCAAGACUGUCGAGCUCGCUCUGUGGGACACAGCCGGCCAGGAAGAGUACGACCGUCUCCGGCCUCUGUCGUACCCGGAGACGGACCUGAUCUUCGUCUGCUUCGCCAUUGACUGCCCCAACUCCAUCGACAACGUGCUCGACAAGUGGUAUCCCGAAGUCCUCCACUUCUGCCCCUACACGCCGCUCGUCCUCGUCGGCCUCAAGUCGGACCUGCGGCACAAGAAGACGUGCAUCGACAUGCUCAAGACCCAAGGACUCACCCCCGUCACCACCGAGCAGGGCAUGGCCGUCGCCAAGAAGAUGGGAGCGCAGUACAUGGAGUGCAGCAGCAAGGAGAUGCACGGCGUCGAGGAGAUCUUUGAGCGCGCCAUCCUCACCGUCGUCGCCAACGACCAGAGGCACCAGGAGCCCUCGGCGGCGGUCUCGUCGGCGACCGACAAGACGUCGCGGCUGAGGGCAAUCCCCGGCAUGAGCUUGCCGAAGCGCAAGAAGAGAAAAUGCCAGUUUCUCUAA